AUGGAGUCCUGCGCCGUCUCCCAGCGUGCCACCUUGGUGCUCAUCGUGGGCGUUGCGUGCUUGGCCAACUGCGCCCAGCCUGCGGCGGCAGCCACCAAGCCUGCUUGCGAGGAAGCGUGCAACAAAGAGUACAAGGCUAAAGCAGCGGAGGUCGCCGCUAGCUGCGACGCGGCUUGCAGCAAGGCAGAGAAGGACCCGUUUUUUACCGAGGCAUGCAAGAUGGAAUGCACCCCUCCUCCUACACCAAGGUAG